AUGGCGUCUGCUCACGGUCAAAACCACCUGAGCCAUAUGCUUGGGCAGAAUCUCCCAAGAUCCCCCUCAGUCGAACUUGAGGAGCAAAUCAAGGUGACUAGAGAAUCUAGGGAAGAUCGCCGCUAUGAUCAAGUUAAUCCACGCGGGUGUCAAGACAUGAUUGAAAGGGAGCACUUAAUGCACUUCAAAUCCAAUCCAGGUGUCGUCCCACUAAAAGGGAGAUAG